GCAAACCAAGGCUAACAAUUUCUCCUUCUUUCCCUAUCCUUGGGUUCCAUAACCCAACAUUGGUGCUUUCAUUCAGAGAGGCUAACGCAUCAAGCGUGCUCUCUUUUUCUUUUUCCUUUUUCCGAUUCUUCUUUUCAGUUGAGGAUCCAAAUUCAUGCCACUGCCGGAACUUCCAAUGAACAACCCGUGGAGAUGUAAGCUUCCAGCACCACCCGCCCUGAGGGUCUCUGCAAUUCGGCCCCCGGUGACGGAGACGGCGAUGCCUAUGGCCCUUUCAGGUGCCGCGCUGACCUCCCACCAGAAGCGGACGCCACCUGCAUCGAGAGGCCCAUGCCCCAACCACAAAGUGGCCCCACAUGUUCACGCCACGGGGAGCGUUCUUCCUCCUACUGCUCCGCGGACCUGCGGUGCUCCAAUUCCGGCAGAUGACGCUACCCACUGUGCAAAGGCUCUGGGAUGGGACGAGGCACUCCUCGUGAGGGAAUGCUGGACCUGUGACGUUGGGCCUGAAGCAGAUUGCAGACUCCAAGAGUUCCGAUCUUGGCCUCUUGGUCUGAGAAUCAUUUUGAGAGUGCCGAUUUGAGCUCCUGGAGAUUCGGAUCCAAGAUGCCAGGUCCCAAGAUACCGCUAGCAGAUCCCAAUCUGGGCGGAGCCACGAGGUCAAACUGCGACCAGAUCCGGGCGGAUACUAGGGAUCUUACUCGGAGCUGAGAAAAGGGACCUCUACGGAUCUUCAUCGCCCGCCACUAUGGAAAUCUACCGCAGCGGCCACCACCACCAAAUUGCUCCCACACUUCGCCAUCGGCCAGCGACAACGGAGGAUUUCUAACUCUACUCGGACGAAGGUGUGAGAGACGCAACCCGGCGAGGUUCUAUUCACCGACAAUGGCGCCCAGCGGUGGUCCGACAGCUCCGAACAAUCUCCGACGAAUCACUGUCCUUUGGCCCAGGCCAUGAGAGACAUAACUCUAGAAACUUCAACCCAACCCGAGCAGCGCCCCUGCACUAUUGAUGACGCUUGGACAAGAUCCAAUUGUUUCAGUGGCUCCGGUUUUCAUAGCGGUAGUCUUUUUCCUGCUCCGUUUGGGUUUCCGGAAAUUGUAUUCCUAGAUGCGAUGAAGAUCUAGCCACAGAAGCUCACUUGCACUUCGCACUUCGGAGAUGGCUCGUUGUCGGCCGCCAAUUUGCUUGGUAGAGAUUCAAACAAUCCACAAUUUUUUGUGUGGAAGGAUUCCUGAGCAGAUCCGACCUCAUGCAUUUCAUUUAGCCGACCAUUGUGGAAGAAUUCUAUCAUUCCGCCGACAUCCAUAGCCGGGGACGGUCCGACAAAGCUGGGCAACAGCGGGGCAAUGAGUUUACUCCUCCAUCGAUAGAGAUGACCGUCACUGUCACGUACGGAGUUGAGUACGCUCCUCCGUCGCAACCAGGUGAAAAGUCGCUCAUACGAAGCCUCGCGCUGCGGAAGCUCACUAAUUUACCUCCCCCUCAGUCCAAUGCUUGUCUUCACAGCCAUCGGCGAACCGCAGGCCGGGCAGCGAGGUUCGAUUCCGACCUCAGUGAUGUCAGUAGGAGGAGGCACACGGUUAUUUUUAGUCUCAUCCGGGCAGACCUUAUGCUGUCCUAGCCUCUCGCUGAUGACCACCGGCGGGCAACAGAACCUUCUGUUGCAGCGACCAGCACCGGUGAAGCUCCUACACCGGCUGCACCGUUUUAGCCAGAUAGACCAUGACAGAGAGCAGAAAUCUAUGCUGUAGAUCUGAUUUUGAUUUGGGAGAUAUCAAAAAGGAAAGGGGCGAAUCUAAUUUCGAUGGAGCGCAGGACCACCGUCAAUCACCACCAUGUUUGCUGGACUUUAGUCUCACCUUGUACGGUAGCUAAACACGAAGGGU